UAUUGUUGAUUGUUUUGGAUCCAAGCGUUUGUACAAUGAGUGUAUGGCCACUGAUAAUGCUCUUAUAUAAAAGCCCGGACGCAAAAUACGCAUAGUCCAUUGUGAAAUGUUCUACAAUUGAGUUAAUUGUGUGUCGGAUUUAUUAUUUCGUUAAAAAGAUGGAGAAAACAAUACUCCUGCUCCUGUCCAUAGCGACAUCAAUCAGCUCAACACCAGUGAUGACAAGACAAAUGCUACUAAGGCAAAAGACGAGAGACCACUUCUGCGCAAACCUCCUCAAUUUCAACAACUUCUACUAUUCUUUAGAAGAACAAAAGAAUGUGACAGGAAUCCCGGCAGACAUGAGCAUACAUUGGAAAACUGGCAAAAUCUACUUCACUCUGAUUAGUGACGAAAUGAAAAUGAGCCUCCAAGUUUUAAACCCAAGUGGGGAAUUCGAUGUAAUCAAAGUGGCUGGACUGGGCCAGUCGACAUGCGUUGAUAACCUAAAUGACAUCGUUUAUUUAGCUACCGAUAACGGUGUCUACAAAUACAAAGAUGAUGGCUCUAUAGAACUGUUCACAGCUUUGGGCGAAGAUGUUAUGUAUAUUGCAGUGACUAGCGAUGGAAGUGCGAUGUACAUAGCUACCUGGCCCCAAAAUAGAGUCCAUAAAAUAACAAAUGAUGGACAAAAACAAGAAGCGUUUACAGCUAUACCAAAUGGACAUGGGCUGACCGUUGAUCCAAGGAACAACAUGUAUUUUGUCGCCACAAAAACCUCAUAUAUCCUUAAGAAUGGGUAUACUGUCCCUAUUAAAAUUAAAGGUUUGCCAAGUGACAAAAUGACUGGGCUAUUUGUCAGCAGAUCUGAUGAAGUAUUUGCCAUGGAUGAGAACAGUAAUUUGUACUCGGUUGAUCCAGAAAACUCGAGUGCUAAGCAUUUAGGGACUUUCAGUGUUUCUGGAGUAAAUUCUUUUGCAAUGGACUCAGCUGACAAUGUGUUGAUUGGUGUUAAAGGCGCCAUUUUGAAAUUCAACGCGUAUGAGCAGUCGCCUUGCCCUGAUAGCAGCAAGAAAGGCAAGCGCCACAGCCGCAAGAGGAAAAAUAAGAAACGUACCACAACUACCCCCGAGCCGGCUGAAGAAGACGAAGAAGAAUAAAUUAUUAUCAAUUUAUUGUAUAUAUCCCCAUUUUACCACGUUCUAGUGUAUUUCUUAAUGUAUAC